AGGGUUGCGUGGAAGUUUCCCGAGAAAAUAAGUUCCUAAGCACACUUACCCCAGGAAAGGUUUUGGGAGAAUUGGCUAUUUUAUAUAACUGUCAGAGGACCGCUACUAUAAAAGCUGCUACAGACUGUAAAUUAUGGGCGAUAGAACGGCAAUGCUUCCAGACUAUUAUGAUGAGAACUGGCCUCAUCAGGCAGGCAGAGUACACGGACUUCUUGAAAAGUGUCCCAAUAUUCAAAAAUCUUCCCGAAGAUACUCUCAUCAAAAUUUCCGAUGUUUUGGAAGAAACAUAUUAUGCUCACGGAGACUAUAUUAUCAGGCAAGGCGCUCGAGGUGAUACCUUCUUCAUUAUAAGCAAGGGUAGAGUGAAGGUCACCAUGAAAAUGCCAAAUUCAAAUGAAGAAAAAUAUAUUAGAACCUUAACCAAAGGAGACUUCUUUGGAGAAAAAGCUCUACAAGGUGAUGAUCUAAGAACUGCCAACAUUAUUGUAGAUGAUCCUGAAGGAGUUUCAACUUUAGUGAUAGAUAGAGAGACGUUCAAUCAACUUAUUUCUAAUUUAGAUGAAAUUAGAACUAAGUACAAGGAUGAACAGACUGAUAGAAGAAGGUUGAACGAAGAAUUCGAGCAUGUAAAACUUUCUGAUCUCAAACUGCUGACUACCCUUGGUGUUGGAGGUUUCGGUCGAGUUGAACUUGUACAGAUACACGGAAGACCCUCCAAGUCUUUUGCUCUUAAACAGAUGAAGAAAGCUCAAAUAGUGGAGACUAGGCAGCAACAACACAUCAUGUCCGAAAAGGAAAUAAUGGGUGAAGCAAACUGUGAUUUUAUUGUAAAACUAUAUAAAACGUUUAAGGAUGCUAAAUACUUGUAUAUGUUGAUGGAAAGUUGUCUAGGAGGUGAACUGUGGACUGUUCUGAGGGACAAAGGCCACUUCGAUGAUGGUACUACAAGAUUCUAUACCGCAUGUGUUGUUGAGGCCUUUGACUAUCUUCACUCGAGAAACAUAAUAUACAGAGACUUGAAACCUGAAAACCUUCUUCUAGAUAAUCAAGGCUAUGUUAAACUUGUUGAUUUUGGCUUUGCAAAAAAAUUACAAUCUGGGCGUAAAACUUGGACGUUUUGUGGUACACCUGAAUAUGUAGCUCCAGAAGUUAUUUUAAAUAAGGGUCAUGAUAUUAGUGCCGACUAUUGGUCUCUUGGAGUUCUGAUGUUUGAAUUGUUGACAGGGACUCCACCAUUCACAGGUUCAGACCCAAUGAAGACUUAUAAUAUUAUUUUGAAAGGUAUUGAUGCUAUUGACUUCCCAAGGACAAUAACAAGAAAUGCAACUGCCUUAAUUAAAAAAUUAUGCAGAGACAAUCCAGCAGAAAGAUUGGGAUACCAAAAAGGAGGUAUUAGCGAAAUCCAAAAGCAUAAAUGGUUUGAUGGUUUCAACUGGGAAGGCCUUGUAAAUAGAACUCUAACCCCACCAAUCCUGCCCAAAGUGCAGCACGUCACGGACACAUCAAACUUUGAUGAUUAUCCGCCCGAUACAGACGGAUUACCGCCCGAUGACCUAACAGGGUGGGAUUCUCACUUUUAG